GCCACACUUUAAUGGAACGAACAAUGGGAACACCCUUUCCGCCAAGUCCCUGGUCCGAUCCGUGAACGGCACUCUCGGGCCGUCGCCUACUUCUGCACCCUUCCGCCGUCAAACCGCCCAACCGCUUGAGUCACAUACGCCCCCCAGCGCCUCACUGUGCGGAACUUGUAACGGACAGCUCGCCCCUAAUUCACUUGUGGGGCCCAGACGGUCCCUGUUGGAAUGGGAGAGGCUUAUGACGGGGAAGGUUCUUGAUCUUUCGCGUGUGUUUCCAUUUCUGGGUCAGGAGGACACUGGCCAGGGUGUUUGGAAUGCAGGCCUCUUGAGGUCGAGGCGAGGUAUAAGUAAGGCACUCGACACCCCCUGGUCAGUCAGACCCGAUUACACGCACGCCCACGCACUACCCAGAACAUCACCGAACCUCCCCACCCGUACACAACAUGACGCUGUUCCAUCAUCACCACCACGAGCACAAGGAGGCCGAGCAGCCCGCAGCGAUGGAGGCUCAGAAACCCGAGGCCGAGAAGCCUGCCGAGUCGUCCACGUCUGCCGCUCCUGCCACUGAGCAGAAACACGAACAGCACGCACACGGCGAGCACGAGCACCACGAGCACCACUUGAUGGAGAAGGUGCAGCAUGUGGUUGAAGAUAUGCUUCCCAGGGGAGAGAUGACAAUGCUGUGAUGUCCUUGCUCAUACCUCAAGACUGAAUCGUUUCCUUUCCUUUCAUGUUGUUUUCUGCCUAUUUCCGG